UUUCUCUCUCAGAAGGUCCAGCUGCCAUUGCCCCACCUCCAUCUCCACAUCCACCUCCUUCUUUCUUUCUCUCUCUCUCUCUCUCAUGGUUCCAGAGAAUCCACAAAACCAUCAAACCCAAGAACAAGAAACUAAAGAACCAACACAAGAAAGAAAUGCAACAUUUCACUCAUAAACUUGAACACUCUCCCCCUUUCUUCGCUCGCUCUGCAAUGUCGUCUUAAAACACCAACCCAUUUAUAUUCUUUUUCUUUUUUCCCUUCCACACAAGAACCCCCCAAAACGACGGUGUUUUAAACUUUUAAACGACAUGAUUCCGCUACGGUUAAGCGCCGUCGUUUUGCCCCUCAUUGUCUGCAUCUUAUUACCACCAUUCACACUCGGGAUCCGUUCCUUUCCGACCGCCACCGCCGCCACCACCACCGUCGCCCUCCACAGCCUUCUUCGGUUCUCCGAAGCUCCUGACUACCGCAACGGCGCCGGAUGCCUCGCCACCACAGCCACCACGACCUCCGAUGACCCCUCCUUAGUCCACAUCGCCAUGACACUGGACUCCGGCUACCUGCGGGGUUCCAUCGCCGCCGUACACUCAGUCCUCCGGCACUCGUCGUGUCCGGAAAACAUCUUCUUCCACUUCAUCGCAGCCGAGUUCGACUCAGCGAGUCCACGAAUCCUAACUCGGCUGGUUCGAUCGACGUUCCCUUCGUUGAACUUCAAGGUUUACAUCUUCAGAGAAGACACCGUCAUCAACCUAAUCUCCUCUUCAAUCCGUCAAGCCCUAGAAAACCCUCUCAACUACGCAAGAAACUAUCUCGGCGACAUGCUCGACUCUUCAAUCUCCAGAGUCAUCUACCUUGACUCCGAUAUCGUCGUCGUCGACGACAUCCACAAGCUCUGGAACGUAACCCUAACGGAGAAUCGAGUGAUCGGAGCGCCGGAAUAUUGCCACGCGAAUUUCACCAAGUACUUCACUGACGAGUUCUGGUUGGAUCCGUUGCUAUCUCGAGUGUUCGGUCACAGAAAACCGUGCUAUUUCAACACCGGAGUUAUGGUGAUGGAUUUGGUGCGGUGGAGGGAAGGGAACUACAGGAAGAGGAUCGAGAACUGGAUGGAGUUGCAGAGAAAAAAGAGGAUUUACGAGCUUGGAUCGUUGCCGCCGUUUCUACUUGUAUUUGCGGGGAAUGUUGAAGCCAUUGAUCAUCGUUGGAACCAACACGGGCUUGGUGGUGACAAUGUCAAUGGAGUUUGUAGGUCUCUGCAUCCUGGUCCGGUGAGUUUGUUGCAUUGGAGUGGGAAAGGGAAGCCAUGGGUGAGGCUUGAUGAGAAGAAACCGUGUCCGUUGGAUCGUCUUUGGGAGCCGUACGAUCUGUUCAAGCCGCAACUUGUUAAUGGCGGUGGCAGAGGUGGAAUAACAAGAGAACAGCCUUGGAGCUUCUCUUCUUCUAUAUUGGUUGGUUAUUCUCAUGAUUUGUUAUGAUAUCAUUCUUUUUCUUUGAUGCAUUUUGUUUCUUGUUCAGAGAUUAUUCUAUUCUUUGGGUAGAAAGAAAUUACUAUUGUACAGAUUGGUUUAGAAGAUGAAAACAUGGAUGUUGAUGUUGAUGUUGAUGGUGAUGAUGAUCGGGUUUUGGGACUUUGGGGAGAACACAAGUGAAAAGAAGAGAAGAAAAGAUUAUUACUGUUAAUUCUUUCUGUAGAAUUUUUUUUUUGUUUUUCAAUUUUGUUGUAUUUUUAAUCUUGUUGUUAUUUUUUUGUUACAUAAUGAAAACAGGUUCGAUUCUUUUUCAGUUUGUGAUGGGAGGGGGUUCCUUCUUGGAACAAAUUUUGGUGGGUGGGAUCAGUUUCUUUUGUCUAAGGGACCAUUAUUGAAUUGAAUUCUAUGUGCCUAAAAUCAAAUUGCAGAAUAAUAGACAGUUGUUCUUCAUUGUUUUUAUUUG